CAGGGCGGCAGCCCCGCCUCCUCCUCCUCCUCUUCUUGUAGAGCCAGAGUCGGCUGUCCGCAGAGCAGCCUGCUGACUUUGCAGUGGUUCCCCUGCCUCAGCGCGCCGCAGAGCCUCCUCUUGUCUGGUGGCACAUCAUCCAUCCGCUGCGAAACAGGGCUGGGACGCCCGCUGGGGACACGCGCCUGGGUGCCAGGGAACGGAGCGGGGACUAGGACAAGAUGGCAACCCUUAAGGAAAAGCUCAUUGCGCCAGUCGCAGACGACGAGACUGCCGUCCCGAACAACAAGAUUACUGUAGUAGGCGUUGGACAAGUUGGAAUGGCUUGUGCUAUCAGCAUUCUGGGGAAGUCUCUGGCUGAUGAGCUUGCCCUGGUGGAUGUCUUGGAAGACAAGCUCAAAGGAGAAAUGAUGGAUCUGCAGCACGGGAGCUUAUUUCUCCAGACUCCGAAAAUCGUGGCUGAUAAAGAUUACUCCGUGACAGCCAAUUCUAAGAUUGUGGUGGUGACCGCGGGAGUCCGCCAGCAGGAGGGGGAGAGUCGGCUCAACCUGGUGCAGAGAAACGUCAAUGUAUUCAAGUUCAUUAUUCCUCAGAUCGUCAAGUACAGCCCCGACUGCACCAUCAUCGUGGUUUCCAACCCAGUGGAUAUUCUUACCUAUGUCACCUGGAAGCUGAGCGGGCUACCUAAGCACCGCGUGAUUGGAAGUGGAUGCAAUCUGGAUUCUGCUCGGUUUCGUUACCUCAUGGCCGAAAAGCUUGGUAUUCAUCCCAGCAGCUGCCACGGCUGGAUCCUGGGCGAGCACGGGGACUCCAGUGUGGCAGUGUGGAGCGGGGUGAAUGUGGCAGGAGUCUCCCUCCAGGAACUGAACCCAGAGAUGGGAACGGACAAUGACAGCGAGAACUGGAAGGAGGUGCAUAAGAUGGUGGUGGACAGUGCCUAUGAAGUCAUCAAGCUAAAAGGCUACACCAACUGGGCCAUCGGCCUAAGUGUGGCUGACCUCAUCGAAUCCAUGCUGAAAAACCUCUCUCGGAUUCACCCCGUGUCUACAAUGGUGAAGGGAAUGUACGGCAUCGAGAACGAAGUCUUCCUCAGUCUCCCGUGCAUCCUUAAUGCUCGGGGACUGACCAGCGUCAUCAACCAGAAGCUGAAGGACGAUGAGGUCGCUCAGCUCAGGAAGAGUGCGGACACCCUGUGGGAUAUCCAGAAAGACCUCAAGGACCUGUGACUGCCAGGCGCCAGGCUGUAGAAAUCCAAACCUCCAAUGUGACUAAGUGAACCUUUAGUCUUCGGCCUUGUACGUAGGUCACAGUUUGCUUCUUCCCUAACAUGUGAUAAUGAGCUCACAGAUCAAAACCAGGAGUGUUUGAUGUUUGCACUAGGAGCUCCUGAACAAAUAAAGUUUAGCAAUUGCAGCAUA